AUGAAAGACUUCAGCGGUGACGAAACAGCUCCGUUCUUCGGAUUCCUUGGGGCUGCCGCGGCCCUCGUUUUCUCAUGUAGGAUUUCACUGCGAUCUUCUGCUUUCUGUCUUUCCCGGUUUUUCGGUUGUUCUAGGGUUCUAAUCCAUGGUUUUGGUGGAUCGACAACGUUUCCGCAGGCAUGGGGGCGGCGUACGGGACAGCGAAGAGCGGUGUUGGGGUCGCGUCGAUGGGCGUGAUGCGGCCGGAGUUGGUGAUGAAGUCCAUUGUGCCGGUCGUCAUGGCAGGAGUGCUUGGGAUCUACGGCUUGAUCAUAGCCGUCAUCAUAAGCACUGGGAUCAACCCAAAGGCGAAGUCAUAUUACUUGUUUGAUGGGUAUGCUCAUCUCUCGUCGGGUCUUGCCUGCGGGCUCGCGGGUCUUUCUGCAGGGAUGGCGAUCGGAAUAGUAGGGGACGCUGGAGUCAGGUAAUUCCACAUCAAUGUCUACAACAGCUUUAUUCAUGCAGAUUUUCUCUGAUGGAUAAGAUGUGUGAUCGUCCUUUCCUUUGCCAAGCGUCCAUAAUUGCUCUUACAUUGCUGUGUUUCUCAAUAUUCUUCGUUGAUUUUAUUCGCUAUGAUUGAGUUGUGAGAAAUUAGCCUAUCGCGAAGAGGAAAUCUGGCAUUGAUUUGCAAAUUUCUCCUUUCGACUUGGAUUGUGCCCACUUGGCGGUCUGGCUUUUAUUGUCAGUAUGCGUUCUGAAUCGAUGACAUAUGCUAAUAUUGCAAUGAAUCUCCACGAAUUUUUUUAAUUGGGUCUCUUUGGGUGGUGGGCUGGUGGGAGUUUGCAUUAUUUUAAUGUUAAACGUCAACCUGUGAUGUUUGUGACUUAAUAGCUCUUUUUUUUGUUUAUGAAACUCUAUCAUUUGGCUUAGACUGAUAUGUUUAUGUGGAUCAAAUUCUAAGAAUCAGAUGUUAGAUCUUCAUUAGAAAGGACGUAAUAUUUGUAUCAUACCUGAAAGUUACAUUGUUUGUUCGUUGAUACGGUUCGUCAAUCAGUUAUAAUUCCACUAAUAGUAGUAAGAAUACUGGUCUAAUUAUUGGAAACAAUAUAUAUAUAUUUUUUACUGUGGCAUUUUCUUGCAAACAAUAAGGUGUUGUUUUGCUUUUAACUAAGUGGAAACAGAAUGAAUCUCCAGAUUUAAUGUUGAUGGAAAGAUUGUUUUUUGUGAUGUUUUUGUACUCGGAUUGCUUUAACUUGGUAUAUUCCAACAAUCAAAGUUUGCAUGGCAAAUAAGAUAUGGAGAUUUGAUUGAAUAAGAAACAGUAUGGAAUAAAACUACCAAUGAUUAUGUACAGUAUGCUGUCGUACAACAUGAUUAAACAUAAAAAAUGUGGAAUAUGAUCAGUUGGAAGCAAAGUGCCAUCUUUCGUUGAAAUAUAAACCUUCAAUUAGAGAAAUUACGAUUCUGAUGAAUCAAUCUAUUAUAUUACGACCGUCGUCUGUUGUACACGCAAACACACACUCGCUCACUCACUCACACACUCACACAACCCCACCUCCCCCCAAACAUGUUUGCUCACAUCCCUCAUGCAUGGGCCUUAUUUCUAAAGUCAUUGAUACUUUUGAAAUUUGGAAAAUCUACCUUUUGAGCUCAAAUACACAUAAGGAUUUAUGCAUAUGUUCAAUGCGAAGUCUUGUAACUGUAGUGGCCCUGGGAUGCUACCCAGGCUAUGGGGCUCGGCAGUAGAAAAUUUCACGUACAAGAGCUUUUUUUAAUAUAAUUAUACUAUUUCAGGAUCAAAGUCAGGUGGAGAUAUUAUUUAAUUAUUUUUUGAAAAAAAUCCUGUACAUAAUUUACUCCUGCAUACUUACCCAAAAAAAUUUAAAUCCAAUGAACAGUGUUUAAGUUAUAUUGAAAAUUUGACGAGUUCACCUAUUGUGCUUUAUUUUGACAUACCUACACUGGGGACCGAGUGAACGUAAUGUCUUGCUUCCUCUUUUUUUACAUUGAAUUGAUAUCCAAAGUUGGCGACAAAAAGUCGCCUGUAUUGUUGACUGGAUUCUUCAAAGCUCAUUUUUUUCAUGGUUAGUAUUCAAGAAAAUCAGGUAUUUUCUAGAUUCCUGCAUGUGUAUGAUGGAAAUUAUUCAGGUCAAUGCGGUGCAUGUGAGGGUGAUGCUUGUUAUAUUCUCUGAAUAAAUGUUUUUCUUUAUCUAAGAGUCCAGAUAUAAAAAAUAGGUCUUACUUUUCUGCCUCUUUGAAUUUACAUGCAGAGAACAUCACCUCUCCUUCGAUUUUCAUUUUUAUUUCUUUCCCUAUCUUGUUCACCUCAUGUGAUUUAUGAUGUCUAAAAUUAAGUUAGUUCUUUAAUUUGAAUGGUCGCUCUAAUCCAUAGGUUGAACCUUUUUUGUUCAAGAGGCACAUUGGGAGUCUCUCUCCCAGCAAAUUAACAGUGCAGAGCUUGUAGAUUUACAUGUGAAUCGCUUUCUCUUUGAUAGGAUUAGGUCAUGAUGGUUACAUAAGGUCGAAUACCAGAAAAUGAUCAACAUAUUGAUACACCCUCUCCAGAUUUUCCUUUUCACAGCAGCAAUUAUUGAUGAUAUCCAUGUCGUCUUAUUACUUCUUUAAUUCCAUGAAUGUCGUCGUCCACUCCUGAUACGUGAGAUUUCAUCUGUUGCAGGGCCAAUGCGCAGCAGCCAAAGCUGUUUGUGGGUAUGAUCCUUAUCCUCAUUUUCGCCGAAGCACUUGCCUUGUACGGCCUCAUCGUUGGGAUCAUCCUCUCGUCUCGUGCUGGGCAAUCUCGUGCCGAAUGA